AUAGCCUCAUCCGCUCGCCACUUCCGUUGCUUCUUCCAUCCAUGUCUGCGCUACCUUCCACGGCCGCUCUCCACCUUCUCCCACAACUUCCAUUACUCAAGCUCGAACUUCCGCUUCUCUACUCUUCUUCUUCUGCCUCUGCUUCUGCUGCAACUACUGCUUCUUCCGCCUGCUCCACUUCCGCCGCCGCCAUACACCCGAUCGCCCCAGUCAUCCAUCCCAUUUUGCUCUUCAAUACCUUCGACGCGCCAUUGGACACCCAAACUUUCCUUGCUACUUUCAGCGUUUUGGUUGCCAUUUCUCUCUCCCUCUUUCUUGGUCUUAAGGGUGGUCCUAUGCCUUGUGAGCGUUGUGCUGGAAAUGGUGGCACAAAAUGUGUCUUCUGUGACAAUGGAAAGAUGCAACAACAGUCGGGAUUAAUUGACUGCAAGGUGUGUAAGGGUGCAGGAUUGAUAUUCUGCAAAAAAUGUGGGGGUUCUGGAUAUUCCAGACGGCUGUGAGAACUUUUGAGUUAUAAGUUUUCUCCAUUUGCAAUGUAAUUUCUGAUAUUGUGUUCCAUCCAACUCAGGAGAUCUUGCAGUUACCAGUUCCUCCAUCCUUCUAUGUUCUAUCUGCAGUUCUUCUUCCAGAAGUUUUAUCUCUGCCUCCUUCAGACCUGCUU